AUGUCUCCUCUCUUGAAUUCUAUCUGGGCUGUGAUUGGUUUUCCAGUGGGAUUGAUGUCAUUCAUAUACUACUUGUACAAGUGCAGACAUCGUAUGGAUCUGAAAAACAAAGUUGUAUUCAUAACUGGUGCUUCUUCAGGCUUAGGGGCAGCAUGUGCCGAAGCUUUUUAUGAAGCUGGAUGCAAGCUCGUUCUUUCAGGGAGAAAAGUACAGCCUCUUAUGGAUCUUAAAGAUCGCCUAAUAAAGAAAAACAUUCCUGAUCGUUCCACUCCAGCAAUUGUGACCAUUGACCUUGAAAAUUUACCGAGCAUCGCCAGCAAAGUCAACCAGGUGGUAGCAGCCUUUGGGCAUGUCGACAUUGUCAUCAACAAUGCAGGGCAGAGUUACAGAGGAAGAGCUGAGGAUACCAAACUUGAUGUUGAUAUCAAAUUAAUGAAUGUCAACUAUUUUGGCCAUAUUGAGAUAACCAAAGCAAUAUUGCCACAUAUGAUUCAACAGCAGGGUGGACAGAUUGUUGUCAUCAGUAGCGUGCAGGGAAAAAUCAGCAUUCCACACAGAUCUGCUUAUGCUGCAUCCAAGCAUGCCUUGCAGGCAUACUAUGAUUGUCUGAGGGCAGAGGUGGCACAGUAUAACAUUGGUGUUUGCCUGGUGAGCCCAUACUAUAUCAACACAAAUCUCUCCCUGAAUGCACUAACUGGAGAUGGAUCAAGUUAUGGCAAAGUGGACACCACCACGAAGGCUGGACUGACGCCAGAAUAUGUUGCCAGUGAGAUUGUAAAGUGUGUGACUAGAAAAGUUGAUGAAUUAACACUGGCACCGUUGCAUGUUCAGCUUGCUAUUUGCUUACGGGCGCUUGCUCCUUGGUUGUUUUUUAAAUUAAUGGCAAUCAGAGCUAAGAAAGAGAGCGCUCAGUAUUCAAAAAAUAAUUAA